CGGCGGCGCGGGCCGCCAGCGGCCGCAGCACUGCACGGGCGAGCAAGCGGGAGAUGCCGAAGCUGCGCGGGGAAGCCUUCUGGAGGGAGACGUUGCGGAGCGCCCACUACGUGGUGGCGCCCAUGGUGGACCAGAGCGAGCUGGCCUGGAGGCUGCUGAGCCGCCGCCACGGCGCCCAGCUCUGCUACACACCGAUGCUGCAUGCCCAGGUCUUCCUCAGGGACGCCAACUACCGCCGCGAGAACCUCUACGACGAGACCUGUCCCGAGGACCGCCCGCUCAUCGUGCAGUUCUGUGCCAAUGAUCCUGAAGUGUUUGUCCAAGCAGCACUGUUGGCUCAGGAUUACUGUGAUGCCAUAGACCUAAAUUUGGGUUGCCCCCAAAUGAUUGCAAAGAGAGGUCACUAUGGAGCAUUCCUGCAAGAGGAGUGGGAUCUUCUUCAGAGAAUGAUUUUACUGGCUAACGAGAAGCUCUCUGUUCCCAUCACAUGCAAAAUCCGCGUUUUCCCAGAGAUUGACAAGACAGUGAAGUAUGCACAGAUGCUGGAGAAAGCUGGCUGCCAGCUGCUGACUGUGCAUGGCCGUACUAAAGAACAGAAAGGACCACUUGCUGGCGUGGCAUCUUGGGAGCACAUUCAAGCUGUAAGAAAAGCUGUAAACAUUCCUGUAUUUGCAAAUGGAAACAUCCAGUGUCUCAGUGAUGUGGAAGAAUGCAUCCGUAAGACAGGAGUACAUGGUGUCAUGAGUGCAGAAGGUAAUCUUCAUAACCCAGCUUUGUUUGAGGGCCGGAACCCAUUGGUGUGGGAGAUGGCUGAGGAGUACCUGGAGAUCGUGCGGAAGUACCCUUGUCCAUUGUCUUAUGUUAGGGCUCAUCUCUUCAAGCUCUGGCAUCACACGCUUCAAGUUUACCAGCAGCUGCGUGAAGAAUUAGCAAAAGUGAAGACUCUAGAGGGCAUUGUAGAUGUCAACAGGGAGCUGAAACUGCGAUGUCAGGAAGAAAUAGCUAAUCAGAAAGAAGGAGAAAAGCCAAAAGAAGGGUUGCCUUUUUUCCACUGGAUCUGUCAGCCAUACAUCAGGCCAGGGCCAAAGGAGAGAUGCAGGGAGAAUGGAGAUAGUGGAACUGAAAAAGGUGUGCGAGGAAAACGUGCUCUGGAAGAAGAGGAAGAUGGAAAUUCUGAGCUUCUGUCAAAGAAUAAACAAAAAAAGAAGUUAAGAAAUCCAAAUAAAAGCUUUGAUCCAUCUUUAAAACCCAAGUAUGCAAAAUGUGAUCAAUGUGGAAACCCUAAGGGCACUAAAUGUGUGUUUAAUAUGUGCCGAGGAUGCUGUAAGAAAAGAGCAUUCAAGGAGGUAGCAGAUUGUCCAGGUCAUGGACUACUUUUUAAGACCAAGUAUGAAAAAUCCCUUUCAUGCCAGCACAGUCAAAGAGGAAUUCAGACUCCAGAGAUCAGUCAGAGAGGAGACACAGAGGUGGGGGAGACAGCAGUGCUGAAGGAGGCUGGUGACAGUACAGGGUGAAGCUUUGGAAAUGAACAGUCCAAGAGCUCCUGCCAGACCACUACACUACUUCCCUGGGCCAAAGAAUGUGUCAUCUCCAGCUCACUGUCAGCUGUGUGAACUUCUUCCACAUAAUUAAGUUCUGGAAAAGUUUUAUUGAAGUAAAAAACUGCUUACUCAGGGAAUUAUCCUGCAUUUGAAAUAAAAGAGAUGCAAUUAAA